AUGCUCAAGUUUCCUACCUUUAAUCAACAAAGCAUCGAUUGGGCUCACGAUUUUGAUUACAAUCUUUAUAAUUGCAGGGAGUCACUGAAUGCUCCUGGAUGUGAUGCAAUCCAUAUAAUUGAAAUUGAAACAGACAUUGAUUACGACACUUUCAUACCAUCUAUCAACACUUCAGAAUUCCAACUAUGGUAUUCGUCAUUCCCACAACUUGAGAAUGGAAUCCGCCAUUCCUUCACUACAUAUGUUCGUGUGAAAAGCUCAGGAAUUGAAGCCCCCAAGGUUAAUGGAUCGUUGUCUGAAUGUCAUUCCGACUCACCAAAAUUUGAUGCAAGAAUGUUCUCUUUGACCAACAGGAACAACUUGGAAGGGCCUAAAAAUGGCAAAGCUUCAACUCUCACCAUUUCCAAGAAACUCAAGCUUGAAGACUUGAUAGGAUAUGAUUUAGCAGUUGCUGUGUCAAAAGAAUUCGCCACUGCUUUUCCUGAUCGCACUUUCAUCUCUCCUAUAGUUGACCUUCUUCGUAAAAAUUGGCGAAAUGGUAAUUUAACUGUAGCCAUGACUGAUGAAGAAAUAGUAGAGAUAGUGUUGUUCCCUGUGGUGAAUGAAGCAUGUCGUGUUCUAGAGGAAAAAAUUGUUGUUAAAGCAUCCGAUCUUGACAUUGCAUCUGUUCUUGGGAUGAGUUUUCGUUCAUAUCGUUGUGGCAUUGUUUUUUGGGCAGAUGUUGGGAGUAAACACAUAUAUACAGGUCUGAAAAAAUGGUUUGAAAAAUAUGGCAACUUUUAUAAACCAUCAAGAUUCUUGGAAGAAAGAGCCAUGAAUGGUGUCUUAUUGAGUGCACCUAUAAAUACGGGUUCUAGAGCACGUGAUGAUUCGAGUAUUUAUACGCUUUUGGCUAACAUUUAUGUUUCUGUUGGGAGAUGGGAAGAUGUGAUGAAGGUAAGAAGGAAAAUGAGAGGUGAUGGAGUUAGAAAGGAGCCUGGGUGUAGUUCUAUUGAGGUUAAUGGAAAUGUUUAUGAGUUUCUUGCUGGAGAUGCUUCUCAUCCUGAAAUGAAUGAUAUUUAUUUCAGUUGGAACACAUUGUUUAAACAGUCAUUUGUGUGUGAGAAAUAUGAUGUGGAGCUAGUUAAUUUGGUUUCAAUAAAAGCUCUUGACAUGCUAUGUAGAUAG